UGGUAGUAAUUUGUUUGAUUAUUGAUUUUUGUUAGAUUUAGGGUUUCAGAUUUCAAAUCUAGUUGUUAUUUUUAUAGGUGGAGAUGCUUCACUUAGUUUGCCACAAUCGUUGAGAAAUAUUUCCUUUGGAGAAGAGGUCCCAACAUCAUCAACAAAUGUGUUUCAUCCUCCCGGAGAAAAAACUUCCGAAGCUUUAUUGAAGAAGAAUGGUUGAAUGUGACUGUCCAACAAUUACUGGCUUAGUUCAAAGAAAGCCUGGCUGUGGUGCCACGACUUCUUCUGUUAGCUGUUCUGACAAAAUAGCACGCUGGAAUGUUGUUGGAAUACAAGGUGCAAUGCUUUCCUACCUGCUCCAACCUGUUUAUAUUUCUUCAGUCACCAUUGGGCAAUCAUGCAGUAGUUCUCAAACCCUUUCUCUGAAGGAAAACUUGAGGAGGGCAUUGUAUGAUAGGCUAACACCUAUAUCAAAUAUGUUAGUUGAUCCUUUUCUAAUUAAUGAGCCUUUAUUUUUUGAAGCUCCUGCCCCACCUAAGGAAUUUCAGCAUCUUGGUUCUGCUCAGGCGACUUUAACGCGUGGGUGA